AUGUCAGUAAUUUGUACAAGGUGUGGACGUGUAGGAAGUCAAAGAAAUAAAUUAAUAAACUGCUGCGGUCUUGGAUGUCAAACAAAAAUCCAUGACAAUUGUUUGCAUGUUGAUGAAGGACGAGUUGUUGAUGGGCAUUUGGUUUGGUGCUGUGGAUAUCACUUAAGAGAGACAAGUGCAAUUCAUAGAGAGAAUGAGCAAGCAAGAUCUUCAUCAAGAGUGAUAGAUGAUACUGAAAGUCGAGAUUUCAAUGAGCAGAGAAAUGAAGAGUUACUGAUUCCGAUGGUUAAUGAGCAACCGCCUUUAGUGCCAAGCUUAGUAGAUUUAGAUAAUGCUAGUAAUUCUCGCAGGGAUGCAGAUCAAGUUCCUUUUAGAAGUGCAGAUACUGCAGAAGGUAACAAUGCGGAGGCUGGUAGUCUAUUGAGAGAUGAUGAUCCAACAAAUACUCCGUUAAUAUCAAAUAACAACGUAAAUAUCAUACCACGAAAUGUAGGCCCAAGGAGAAACAACAGGCUUGAUGAGAAUAGAGGCCUGAGCUUAAGAAAUGUUACUCGAAAUGUGGACAAUAGACCUAAUCCAAGACGUCAGGUGAACUCAUUUUAUGCUUCAAGUCCAGGAAAUGGUUUUGAAAGGAAUCAAUUUAUACCACGUCAGUCCAAUUAUUCUAGAAUUUCAAAUCAUGCACGAUUUCAAGAGGAGGAUAGCCAGUUCCAUCCAGGACAGUCCAAUCAAUUUCGUGCAUCUCAACGAUUAAGAGUACAGAAUGAAAGAAGGCAAGCAAUGGCACUUGAUCUGAUAAAAUUUUUAUACAUAACGAAGAAAUUCGACAUCUUCUCAUUCAUCGACAGGCUAAUUGACAAGAUUGACUUAUAUGAGGAGGUAGCAUAUCAAGCUAUUCGCAGCAUUCAAAUCUAUACUGAUGAAAAGCAUCACGACCGUUUCAGUUUAAGAGUUGAAGUACUUGGAAAGUGCUUUUCAAGUCAACUAGAAAAGUUUGCUGAAAGACGUGCAGACAAGCCUUUCCCUAGAAUCCGUCUGAAAGAUGAGAUGAUAAUAUUUAUCCCUGCCAAGAUCAACAAAGAGCGAUUCAUGAUCUGUGACUUGAAAAGAAGCGAUUCAGCUUGGGGAAGUGUAUUAAAGGUCAGAGACGAAAGUUUCUCUAGUAUGUACAAGUUAAUCAAGUUUAUUAAGUCCGAAUUGAAGGAGUUUGGAAUUACUUCAGUCACUAAGCUUAAUGAGAGCUACAUCAUUAGUUUCAUGAGUCAAGAAAAAGCAAAUGAAGCCAGAAAGAAGUUGAAUGCAAGACGCAUAAUCGUCACAAAUUCCGAUUUAUGCUUAGCAGCAACGGUUGAUUCAGAAAUAGAGGACUCAACGGUUAAAGUUCAGCGUGCAGCAGAACUUAGAAAAGAUUUGAAUGCUAAGAGACAAGAAGAGGAAAGUGAAACUAAGAAGCUGAAAAAAGAAGUACAAAGACUUAGAUUAGAGCUUGAAGAACUGAAAGAGGAAGUAAAGAAGAUGAAAUAUGUGAAUAAUAAGAGAAAUGAGACGGAUUUAAGAGCUGUAUCUGCAGGAGAGGAGACAAAUGACAUACGAGUAACCAAAACAUUUUCGACGCCCGUUAACAAUUAUAUGGCAUUUAUGCCUGUUCAACCAGCAGCAAGUAAUGGCUUAUGGGGAUAUAUGUUUGCGUCUGAAGGCAUGACACCAUGCAAGAAGGUCAAAUAUGAUUAA